CAAAUGACCCCUCCGUAUCCCCUCAUCCUUUUCCUCUGAUAAAACCCCUAGCAUCCUGACUAGUCUUUCUCUGAUCCACUCCAAGCUUGGUUCCACAUUCAGACUGAAGACACAUCCCAGCAAAUCAAUUGAGUGCGUUUAACAGGAUUAUUCUGAUACCACAAGUCGCCCUGGACGAGGAGGGAUGUUUCUGCUUCUCCUUUUGUCCUUCUGCCUCCGGGCCAAAGCACAGCCUUUACAGGAUAAUACAGUGGCUCUUGAUCCCUGCUCUGCUUACAUCAGUCUGAAUGAACCUUGGAGGAACACCGAAUACCAGUUCAAUGGAUCGACCGACCAACCUGAGUGCGACAGCCAUGUUGAUGGAGAAUGGUACCGCUUCACGGGGAUGGCUGGUGAUGCCAUGCCUACUUUCUGCAUCCCAGAAAACCACUGUGGGACUCAUGCCCCAAUCUGGUUGAAUGGCAGCCACCCUCAGGAGUCAGACGGCAUUGUUCAAAGGCAGGCUUGUGCAACUUUCAAUGGGAACUGCUGCCUCUGGAACACAACGGUUGAAGUCAAGGCAUGCCCAGGGGGCUACUAUGUCUACCGCUUAACAAAGCCCAGCGUCUGCUACCAUGCCUACUGUGGACAUUUCUAUGACAUUUGUGAUGACGUUGAAUGCCAGGGCUCUUGUUUGGAUACUGGAAACUGCCUGUGCUCUUUAGGAACAAUCAUGGGACCAGAUGGACAGACCUGCCUGGAUGAAAAUGAAUGCGAAAGGAACAAUGGAGGCUGCAGCGAGUUCUGCAUAAACAUGAAGAACUCCUACCGUUGUGAAUGUGGUGUUGGACGUGUCCUGGGCAAAGAUGGAAAAACCUGUGAAGAGAACGAAGGCUGUCACAAUAACAAUGGGGGCUGCAGCCAUACUUGCACUACUGUGGGCGACACCUAUCAAUGUGAGUGCCCACGGGGUCUGGUUCUGUCAGAAGACAAACACACCUGCCAAGUCCCAGUCCUUUGCAAAUCCGCCACCAUAGAGGUCAACAUCCCAAAGGAUCUGGUGGGAGGCAUGGACCUGUCGCUUCUCAAUGGUUCCUGCAAAGGCGUAUCCAAUGGCACACAUGUCAACAUUAUUUUCUCCCUGAAAUCUUGCGGUACCACUAUCAGCAUAGCCAAUGACAAAAUUGUUGCCACAAAUAUGGUGACUGGCUUGCCGAAACAGACCCCAGGAAGCAAUGGGGACAUCAUUGUCCGCACUGGGAAACUGUUGAUCCCUAUCACUUGUGAAUUCCCUCGCCACUACACCAUCUCAGAGGGCUACAUCCCCAACAUCAAGAGCUCGCCACUGGAGAUCAUGGGCCGCAACCAGGGCAUCUUCCCAUUCACCCUAGAGAUAUUCAAAGACAAUGGGUUUGAAGAAUCCUAUGGGGAUGCACUCCCCACUCUUAAACUCCGAGAUUCUUUGUAUUUUGGGAUUGAACCUUCAGUGCAUGUGAGUGGACUUCAGACCUUGGUGGAGAGCUGUUUUGCGACGCCAACAUCCGAAGCUGAUGAGGUCCUGAAGUACUACUUAAUUCAAGACGGCUGCGUGUCUGAUGAGUCUGUGAAGCAAUUCACAUCGAAGGAUCAUCUUGCCAAGCAUUUCCAAGUCCCGGUGUUCAAAUUUGUGGGGAAAGACAACAAGGAAGUAUUCUUGCACUGCCAUGUCCUGGUAUGUGGAGUGACGGACGAGAGGUCUCGGUGUGCACAGGGGUGCCGCAGACGGAUGCGCAGAUGGUCUGAGACAGAAGAAUCUGGUCGCUUGGCAAAUCACAUCCUGACAGGGGGGCCCAUUAGAAUUGACAUGGAGGAGUAGAUCCGUCGUGUGAACACACUGUCACAUAGACACUUACUCCUACUAGUCUCCAUUUAAUGAUGAGCAACAUUCACAGAUUGCCAAACUUAUGAAAUUAUUGUGAUUUGCUUCUCCUACUGACUUCGUUGAGGUCAAAAGGGAUACAGUCUACAUUCAAAUGCUAUUACAAUACAAAACUUUAUUAUGGUCACUGAUCAGGACAAGCACCCUGGGAAGGGGGAACAAUGUUAUUGGAUGGUUUCAGCAGUAUUUAAUUAUUCAGUAGUAAAACUGAUUUAUUUAAAGAACAUCCAGAAUACAUAGGUAAUCAAAUCUUCAUAUAAAUAGAGAGUUCUGAGAUUAACAAUUCUACCCUGAGAUGAGGGAUAUUGGUGGUACCUCUUGUGCUGAAGACUAGUCAUACUUUGAUACUGCUUUAAUGGUCAUGGCUGCAUCCUAUACUAUUCUGGAAUCUGUAGUUUUCUUAUGUAGUUAGGAUUGUCUGUCAGAGAGCUUUUGUUGUACAACUUUCGGUUUUUGUGCAACUUGUGUUGACUCUAAAGUAAACAUAUCGCAGGGCUGUCAACAACAACAAACUUUAUUUUUUUAUUGAGUUUUGUGAAUAUAUACAUCAAAAAGUGAAAAACCAAAAACCAUAAACCCAGAAAGCAUAAUAUGUGGGAGACAAAAGGUAAGAGGAGUAUAAGGGUUAGAGGGGGAGGGAGAGAGAGGAAGACAGGAGUAGAGAGAGAAAAAAGAGAGGGAUAAUUUAAAAGAAAAAAGUAGAACACACACAGUCCUUGUGAGUUCAUAGUGCUACUUCCCAAAGUCUUCUGAGAGUCUUUACAUUUUUGUUUAUCAUAAAAUAAAAUAAAAUAAGUAAUCAUUCGUUGCUUCUGCCGACAUAGCUUCCUUUGAUUUCUUGUUUCAGAAGCAGGACAAAUCUAUCAGUAAAGGAAUUUCCCUAGUUCUAACAAAGUCUUUAAAGCCUGACCAAUUUGUCCUUUUGUAUGUUCCAUUUAGUCUUUGUGAAAGGCAGUCAAUUUGAAUUAUGUCAAAAACUCUUAUUAUCCAAUCUUCCAGACUUGGGAUUUCUUUUUGUUUCCAUAUUCUGGCAAGGAGUAUUCUUGCCGCUGUACUGAUCAGGAAGAGCAUUUUGUCUUGGUUUUUGUCCAGCAUUGUGUUUGAUAUGCCCAAUAAGUACGUUUCUGGUCUCUGUGGAAAGCUGAUUUUUAAGAUUUUUUUAGUUGCUCAAUGUAUCUCUUUCCAAUAUUUUCUUAUUCGUUUGCAUGACCACCAUUGAUGAUAGAAAGUUCCUAUCUCCUUCCCGCAUUUCCAGCAGCUGCUUGAAAUGUUUUUGUUAAAUUUGGCCAUUUUUUCUGGUGUAUAGUGCCAUCUGAAGAACAUCUUAUACCAGUUUUCCCGCAGAUCACUAGUUACUGUAUAUUUUAUUUUAAUAUUCCAGAUUUCUUCCCACUGGUUUGUUAAGAUGUUCUGACCUAUAUCUUUUGCCCAUUUCACCUGGCAAUUUUUUAUCUGUUCUUCUUCGGUGGCCCAUAAUAAUAAUUGUUGAUAUAUAACACUGUUCUACAAAUUUUCAGUUUUUCUCAGUUACGGAAACGAAAUGUGCCAUUUCUUAAUAAAUUUAACAUGCUGAAUUCAAAUAUAAUAAUUAAAUGUGUUAAUUGGCUCUGGUUUUUAUGCAACAGCUAUUUCAAUUUUCUCCACAAUAGGUAAUUCGCUAAUAUUAUGAUAAUGAGCCUAACCUUACUGCAUGUAUAUAAACCGUGAAUAUUUACUAAAUUUUAGUCAAAUUAUAUUGCCAAUAGUUUAUACAUGAGAAAUAUUUAUUUAAUUCGUCUAUUGUUUAUGUUUGUGCAGCAAGAAACUAUAUUAGUAGGCCUAAUGCAGUUGAAAAGUCUGAAAGUUUAAAUGUCGCUUUAAUCGUGACUUUAGUUUAUAUCCUGUUUGCUUCUCUUGACUUUUCUUUUGUAUUCAAGGAAAGGAUUGUCUCUUACAAUGCUCCAGCAGUAGUCUGACAGCAUUGACGGAGUCCAUUUACCUUGAUAUCUUUUUUCCAUAGUGCUUUAUUUACACACGUGCGAGGCAUAACUACAGUAAAAAGAACAAUGUAAAACAAUGUUUAACGAUACUGUCUCAGUCUUCAACUGACUGACCCUCACCGUUCAAAAGUCUGGCCUUAUAUAGGGCUUUCUGGCUUUUGCACACGGCACUAAUACUG